AUGCAUGAAUUCAUGCUCGUCAUGCUAGACUUAGCCCUACGAGGGGGCUGCGGGGACCAGACGCCCACGCUGUACACAAAUGCACCUACAUCAUGCGCCACAGCCGGAGUCGACUCUCCAUCCUCGCGGCGCGUCCCGGUCAAGAUUUGGUUCAGAGGACUCCUUGAUAUUCUCCGUGAUAAUUACUGCUCUAGCGGCGCUGCUUUCGAUCGCAUUUGA